AUGCUAGUGUGGCUUGUUGGGCUCUGGGCUUACAAAUGUUUUCUGCUUGUCGGGGUUUGGUUUGACUUAAACACGGAACAAAACUUUGAACACUUUAUGAAUCAAUCUCUGUCAGUCGGUGUUGUAAGCGCGGGGUUGGGUUGCAUGCAACAAGUCCACAAAGAUUGUGGUGGUAUAAUCAGGCAGUGCAGCAGCAGCAGCCAUGCAAGGGGGAUCGUCGGGCAUCGGAUAUGGUCUGAAAUACCAGAGGUCCAGGCUAGAUGUAUAUCAGAUGUUAAAGCUGACACAGAUCAUACUAGCUUCAUCACCGGCACUCUCAGUCUCAAAGAAGAAAAUGAGGUGCAUUUGAUUCGGCUCUCUUCGGAUGGGACCGAACUCGUAUGCGAGGGUUUGUUUUCGCACCCCAACGAGAUCUGGGACCUUGCUUCCUGUCCCUUCGACCAGCGCAUCUUCUCUACUGUUUAUUCUACAGGUGAGUCACAUGGAGCAGCAAUAUGGCAGAUCCCCGAGUUAUAUGGUGAACUGAAUUCCCCUCAGUUGGAAAGAAUUACCUCCCUUGACUCACAAGUUGGCAAGAUUAAAUGCAUUCUUUGGUGGCCAUCUGGAAGACAUGAUAAGCUGAUCAGCAUUGAUGAAGAAAAUCUGUCCUUGUGGAGCUUAGAUUUAUCCAAAAAAGCUGCUCAGGUACAAUCACAGGAGUCUGCUGGCGUCAUGCACUACUUAUCUGGUGGUGCAUGGGAUCCUCAUGAUACGAAUGCUGUUGCAGCAACUUGUGAAUCAUCCAUCCAAUUUUGGGAUUUGCGGACAAUGAAGAAGACAAAUUCAGUUGAGCAUGCUCAUGUCCGCAAUGUUGAUUAUAACCCGAAGAAGAAACACGUGCUUAUGACUGCAGAAGAUGAAUCUGGGAUACGCAUAUGGGAUCUUAGGAAGCCGAAGGUCCCUAUCCAGGAGCUUCCUGGACACACACACUGGACGUGGGCUGUCAGGUAUAACCCUGAGUAUGACGGGCUGAUUUUGAGUUCCGGUACAGACUCAACUGUCAACCUGUGGUUGGCUUCUCCAUCUAGCAAUGAUGGCUUAAUAUCUGAAAGCCUGGUUGAUUCACCAACUAGACGGAUCGACCCGUUGCUGAACUCUUACAGCGACUAUGAAGAUAGUAUUUAUGGCCUAGCUUGGAGCUCUCGCGAGCCUUGGAUCUUUGCAUCAUUAUCCUAUGAUGGGAGGGUAGUUGUAGAAUCAGUGAAACCAUUUCUCUCGAGGAAAUAA